UCUAUUUUGCUUUCCCUUCCUUUUCUUACCAGCAGAGGUGUUUCACCACUUCUUGCAGCGUCAUUGAUCCAUGCUGCAGUUGAUGAAGUCCUCCAAACAGACUUGACUGAAUUUAAGCAGCAAAGUGUGGAAACAGAGGGAGAAGGAGAUGAGGAAAGGUUCACCUUGCUGGAUGGAGAGUCAUUACAGCGAUGCUUCUUUAACAAGCUUCGGGACGUUUGCUCUGAGUGGCAGAAGCAGUUGCCACCACUGAGACCACUGAAGCGGUUCCUGCUUGUUUCCAUCCACGCCAUCCGUAACACUCGACGGAAAAUGGAGGACCGCCACGUUCUGCUCCCAGAGUUCAAUCAGCUGUUUGGUUUAUCAGAUGACAUUGAUCGUGCUUAUUUUGCGGUAUUUGACGGCCAUGGUGGAGUGGAUGCUGCCAAUUAUUCAGCAACCCAUUUACAUGUAAAUGUUGGGCUACACGAAGAGAUUGUUAAGAAUCCAGCUGAGGCCUUGAAAUGCUCUUUCCAGAAGACAGAUGAAAUGUUUCUUUUCAAAGCCAAAAGAGAGAAGCUGCGGAGUGGUACAACAGGUGUAUCUGCAUUGAUUGUAGGGAACAAGCUACACAUAGCCUGGCUAGGGGACUCGCAGGUAAUGCUUGUGCAGCAAGGAAGAGCUGUGACACUAAUGGAACCUCACAAACCAGAAAGAGAAGAUGAGAGGGCACGUAUUGAGACUCUGGGUGGUUGUGUAACCUAUAUGGACUGCUGGCGGGUUAAUGGUACCUUGGCUGUUUCCAGAGCAAUUGGUGACAUCUGUCAGAAACCUUACAUCUCUGGUGAUGCAGAUGGAGAUUCAUUUGAGCUGACAGGCUCUGAAGAUUACUUGCUCCUAGCCUGCGAUGGGUUCUUUGAUGCUAUCAAGCCAUAUGAGGUUGUAGACCUGGUCCUAGAUCAUUUAAUGCAGACCAAAGGAGUGGGUCUCAAAGCAGCAGAAAGACUGGUGGCUGCUGCAAAGGAAAAUGGAUCCAGUGAUAACAUCACUGUCCUAGUGGUGUUCUUGAGGGAUCCUCAGGACAUCUUGGCAGACUGUCUCAGAGACCCUAAGAGCCUUGGGGCUGGUGAAGAUGCUCGGAGCUCACCCUUUAAUUUCCUCAGCUGUGAGGCAGCAGCCACACAGUGACAAAAUCAGCUUAAUCCAGAACAUUCAACUAAGUUCACGUACGGAUCUGCUUUCCACUGAAGAAGCCUCUAAUACAAUAGGCAGAACGUAUCAGGAGAAAAAUGACAAAUGGACAGACAUUUAACAGAAAGGCAAGACUCCUUUUACUGAAUUCUCAUUUGUCUUUUCCUUCCUUCCCCCUCCCUUCAAAAAACACUGAGCAGACGUGGAGAUUUGUACAGCUAUUUCAUCUCUGGGAGCAGACUUCUAAAGUGUGUGUCCCAGGGAUGCUGGUCAUAUCCCUCUGCCCUGGAAGUGGUAAGAAACAAUAGUAUGUAUAAGCUAAUGGGUAAGAAUACCCAUUUGUGAAUUCUGACUGAAAAUUUAAUUUAGUGCUUAAAAAGAAUACUGUAUGUUGUAUUUAAUUGUGAAGUUACUUUGGAGACUGGGAGGAGAGAAGCUGUCACCAUCACAGAAAAAGAUUGUUACUGGCUUGGUGUGUGAGAGACUGGGUGACACCAUUAUGCUGUGCAAGAUGCUUUUGUUUUGUACCAAAGAUGAUAUUCCAAGAAUGAUGUGGCCUGUUUAUUCAAACAGAGACAUUUAAUUUUGUGCGUAUGGAGAGGAGAAAAUGAAACUCCAGAAAAAAAAGUAAGAAAGCUGACUAGAAAUGUCCCAGGUGACAUGAUACAAAAUCAGCUGAUUUUUGGGAUGCUCUGGUUUAUAAACUGGAAUCCAAUAUUUAACUGCACUGGAUUAUUUUUCCUGAACAAACACGCUUUGUUGGCUAUUUGUCAACCUGAAAAGAAAGGCCCCUUAUUGUUGUACAUGAGAGAGAUCUUUACAGUAUGUAUGCUCUAGCAGUUAAAUAUGCUGUUUCUGCCACUUUUUGUGUACUAUAACAAAUGGAGAAUUUUAUUUUUAUUCUAAGUGUUCACUUACUGAACCUUACAGUUGGAGGAUUUUUUUGCAGUGUUACUUUAUUUUGUUGUGUUUUUUAUUUAAAUUAGAAUUUUAAAGUGGCUGUGUCUUUAUUACCUGGUUUUAAAAACUGACUAUCCUCAAGUGCCUUAAAUAUUUCACCCAAGGAUUGCUGGCUUCCUAUCAUAUUCUGGUGAGCCAGUUUAUAGUGUUUUUAAAAUGUGACUUUUUAAUUUCAUUACUACUAAUGUUUAAUGCACUUAAAUGUUUCAUUUUUGUGAAUGAUUUUAGUGGGAACUAGGUUUCAAGAAAACAUCUCUUUCAUUGUUGCCAAAUCUUGUGGCUUGUAGUAAAAGCUUCACAAUACUUACUGUGACUUACCCCCCCGCCCCAUGCAAAAAGCUCUAGUUAGUUAAUCAUAAAGUAACAGUCUGAGUCAUCAUGACUUUCAUUUAAGAACAAAUAGACUUCUGACCUUCUCAAGAAAAUUAAAUAACACAAACUAGAAACAGUUUAGUAACAGUUUUUGAUUAAUAAAUGGUGAAUUUGGCCAUACUUCAUGAACUUUUUGUAUCUAAAUAACUUUCUAAGGAGAUGUGAAGCUAAGGUGAGGAUGAAAGAAUCUUAAUGAAUGUGUAUGUUGUGCAACUGUUAUAUCCAUUACACACUAGAGCCUCUGGUUGUGUUUGUCUUGCCUUGCUAGCCUGGCUAGCAGGACUCAACAAGAUCUGAAGGCUCAAUGGUAAAUGUGUUAGUAAUUUCUGUAUCUAAAUAAGAAGAGCUUUACAUCUGGCAGCAAGAUUGUAUGCCUAAUUUAGAAGCACAUGGCAUUGCAAUAUGUCAGUCCUGUUGAUUAAAAUGUGUUGAACAUUACUGUUGCUUAGGGGAGGAAAUUUAGGUAGAAGAGUUGAGAUGGCUAAAAGGAAGAACAAAGCAGCACUGUUUAUGCCCAUCGUAAUUCUGAAUUGUUAGCUAGUGUGGGGCAAUGCAGUUGCUUGAGGUUUUUUGCUGGAUUACUAUGGAUGAUUGUACAGUUUAACACAAACUCCUUGGUGAGCUGCCGUCUCAUUACAUAGCAACUCGGACCAUGACUUCCUUGGUUUGCUAUGCAAGAGGAGCUUUUGCUCUGAGAAGGUUGCAAGCACUUUUCCAUCCUACAUUUUGCUGUCUUAAAAUAUGUGAAGGCUUUCUGUGAUGGCAGCCUGAUAGGGUAGGUGUUUAUUUUUGUAGUGAACCUAGUUCAGUUGAGGAAGCCUUUAGACUUGCGUAGUAGUCCCUUUGGAUUUACCAUCUCCUAUCUCUUUGAUUUCUAACCCAGAUAUUCAGUGUCAUGCUAAAUUCUCAUGACCACUAGUGCCUCUUGGUGUCUUGGAAAUAGUUCUCAUUAUUAAUAAGUAAGAGUUGUACAGAAUUGUUUGAUUUCACUGCUACCUGAGGUUUAUCAGAACGAGGGAAGCUUUUGUACUCGUGAAGGGAGGUGUGGAAUGUUGGUAAGUUCCUAGCAUGAUUUAGUUUCUGAAAUUUGCCAAAUUCCAGACAUGUGGAGGGAACUGAAUGAGCCAAAUUCUUUGUAACGAUCCUUUUAUUUCAACCUUUUUGGGGCAGAUUUGCAUUACAAAGGAAAGAAAGUCUUUAAGUCUUUCAAUGGAUACUUAUAGCUAUGUGAGAAUAUCCCUUUUUGUUUCAAAUUUGAUAGAUUUCUUCUUUUUUAUGGGAGCUAAUUGAAAUGGGCCUUUAGAAAGCUGUCUGUGGUAAUCAAAAAAUGUAAUUGUCAAGCUGUGCUCUACAGAAGAAAUUCUACAUUCUGAAAAGCUGUUCCCUUAUAUAGAUAUUUCCAUUCUGAAUGACCUAGUGCCUCAUUUCUUUGAGAUGUAAGUGGAUAGGAAUAGUCUUUGGGAACUCAUACAGAUUUCAGCAGGGAUAAAAAAUACUUCUCUAAUUCUCAGAUACUUCUUACUAGCUUUAAAAAGUCCAGUCAGGUCUAUAGGAGUUGUAGCUGGGUCAAAAAAAUGGCAGUUUUUGUCCUAUCAGAAGAAUAAAUAAAGUAAAUACAGUAAAAUUCCAAAUACUAUUUGGAGGGAAAAUUGGUUUUGGAGAUGUCUUAUCAAUUCUUGACAGCCUAUUCAAAACCUAUGGAAACUUCUUUUUUUUUUUUUUUUUUUUUUAAAAAGUGAAAACCCAACAUUUUGAUUUGAUGUUAAAUCAGGAAUGAAAGUAUGACACAGGAUGCAAGUAUGGAUUUUGGAAGUGCACUUUUAAAAUUUUAUUGAAAAUGGUCAUCAGGAUGGUCUUAUCCUUGGGAUGGCAAGGCACCUCUAAUUUGUGCUUCACUUGAGACUCGGUAUCACUUGUAGAAGUUACCAGCUGUAAUGUAUAACACUGUUACAAGAAGUGUCACCAGUAUGGGUGGUGAGGAGAGAGGGGAAGGAGCUCUAGCAGAAGGUAUGAAGUUGAACUACAUAGUUCAAAAUAUGGAAUGGUGCUAUGUUUUGAAUUUACAGCACUGAUCUGCUUUUCUUAUAUUUCCUCUUAAAACUUCUUGGAUUUCUGGUGUUGGCUGUUCUGUUUUCCUUCCCUCCUUUGGUUAAAAAGAGUAUGUAAUUUUGGUGAGAGAAUGCUCUCGCUCUCUGGGCCUUCCCAGUGUCAUCUACAAUAUACUAACCCUUGUCCACCAGUGUCAAAUUGACUAAUGACAAAUAGACUAAUUUGCUUGUUUCCCUGUCGUCUUUCUGAUGGGCCUGCAGCAAAAACAAUUCUUGAGUCUAGCCAAAAUCGUUGAAGCUGUAGAAGUUAGCUGAAGGAUUCAAGACAAAUACUCAAUCAAAAAUGAAAGCAUUUUCAUAUUUUACUAGACUCCAAAUGAAUGUCUGUUGCUGCAGAAUCAGAAAAAUUGCUCCUUAAAGGAGCCUGCAUUUUUAAAACAGAGCAUGCUUAAAUCCUUGUGUUGCGCUUGAUUGAAAACUAGCUUUAGUCAUUCUGCUUAGUGGGUAUCCAACAUCCCUUUUGCUUAUGGGUAAUUCAUACUUUUACCUUUCUUUCCCUCCUCCGCCGUCUCCUACAAAGAAACAUACCUAAGACUGUGAAGUCUUCUGGGUCUGACAUAGACAAGAUUACUAUUUUACAAAUUACAUUUGUUGGGGAGUUGGUUUGGGGUUUGGUUUUUUUUUUUUUUGAGAAUACAGAGGAUACUAAUGCAGGAGAAUUUUUAGAACAGAGGGAAAUUAAGUAAAAUCCACCCUCUAAGUGACGGAGGAGUGAAAGAGAGACAGGAAUGCAUUUAAGUAUUAUUAAUGCCUAUUUUAAAAAGGAAGUGGGCUGGAAAAUAGAGCUACAAAUGUCAGUUCUUUAGAGUGAAAUACCAGUGCUUGAAAGAAUUAGAAACACACCCAUUAAAAAGGCAAAACUCAGAUGUGGUAACUGUCUUCAAACAGCCAAGGAAGGAAUCGCAGUAAAAGCAUCCAAGGUGACUUACUGUGACCCCUCAACGCUGUCUUGGAAACUAAUGCUACUAAAUGGAUUUUUCUAAACAUCCUUAUGUGUAAGGUAGUGCUAAGAGGGAGCAUUCAGUACAUGCAGUUACUGGUCACUGUGCAACUGCUGCAACGAGUAAAUGCCAUGAAGCGUGUUAAUGAAUCGAUAUGGCUGGUGAGCUCUCGUAAGAUGAGUAAUUGGGCACGGAGUGGUUACAGCAGAGUUGGCAGUUGAAUAGUGUUAAUCACAGUGAUGACUUUAAUAGCAUUUAAUAGACACUUAUCUGAAUUCAAAGUCAGAUGAGAUACUGCUCUUUUUAAAAGCAUUUCCAGUGCUAUUAGCUUUCUGUCAUGAAAAGCCACUAAAAUUUCUAUUUUUUUGUUGGAUGUUGGGAAGAGUGCUUCUCUUGCUUUCUGAAUUCUGGAGAUAAGUUGGCUGUCUGCACUGGAAAACCCAUUUUCACUUAAUAGCUUGAAACAGCUGUUUGGGGUUGAAACUUCUCUCCCAGGCGAUCGUUUAAAAACUAACAAAAAAGUGCUUCCAAAACAAGUGGCUGAGGAACAUAGGUAUUUCUAAACAGCGUUGCACAAAGGGUAACCAGCAAAUGCCCUUAGUCUGUAAAGGGUAUAGACAGUCAGUUGAGCUGCUUAAAGUCUAAAUUAAGAUUGCAGCUCCACUCUUUGUGUAAGUGAGACUCGGUUAAAUUACUUGUACUCUUGUGGAUGCAGGUACUUAAUGCAAAGCACCAGAUAUGGUCUAUUUCUAUUCUUAUAGUACUGAAGUAUCAAGCAAAUGCUUUAAGGAGAAGGUGGGGGGAUGUUAGCCACAACAGAGCAGAUUGCAGAUGAUUCAUAUAUAAUUUAGCUCUAGUUAAACCUGAAUUAAAUUUCCCUGCUUAGUUCUGUUGCUGUCCCUUUUACAAUUGGGCCUAUGCCAUCAGACAAAAUCCUACUAGGAAGCAGUGGUCCAUUCCCCCUUUUUGAGGAGCAAACAAUUACUGAGGGUCAAAAUGUCGAUCAGGAAGGGUUGGAGGGGGAGAGAAAUGAGCUUUCAAAUGAGUGCAAAACUUCCCAAUCUACAGCAAGUUGUGCAUUCUCUCUAACACAUGUGUAUAGCAGGUCUGAUUACAUCUGAAUUGUUGUGCUGGAAAGCAAUGGGUUUUCUGCCAAGCUAGUCAUAACCUUUAAAACUGACAGCACCAAAACCAAGAGGCUGGUCCUCCCUGCUUUCCUAAAUUGAGCCAGCCCUGUUGAGUGUUUUGCAGCUUUGAAAGCUCUAAGAGCUAAGCCAGCCACUUUCUGCAUAUGUUUUGGUUUGUUUUAAUACAUUUCUUGGAUUUUACUUUAGAUAAAGUUAUUUCUAUUGGUAUCAUCAUGUCAGCUGAAAAUGGACACAUGAAGGAGUGGCUGGACCUGAACACCUAUCUGCCAUAGACACUUCUUAAAAUACUACCUUAAAAUGAACUGGUAAGCACUUGUGAUAACCUUAUCUCUGAAUAGAACAGGAGACAAAAAUCUUACAGAAAAUCACUUAAAUCUUUAUUUUGGUGUGACCCAUCAGAGCCUGAACACUCGCAAGCCUUCCCCACAAGACGUUCAAUGUUGCUAGUUUAAUGUGUUUUCCAAGCUGUGCCUGCUGCUGCUGGUGCACACAAAAAUAAACAAAAGACAGCUGUGUUGGCAGCAUAGAAAAUUUAGCAAGAUGCAGCUUUUGUCAAACAGAAGAGGACAAAAUCAAUAGGAAAAGAAAUGUUUUCACGCUUCUUGGAAUGCAAACAAUAGAAUAAAAAAAAAGCAACCUAGAAAAGUUGGCAGUGCACUGUCAGCUUAAAACCACUGUUUUAAGCAAAUGAAUUUGGCUGCUUUGUAAUGUCUGCUGUAUUUUGUUAACAAACUCCUCUCAGUCGGGGUUUCAUGUCUUGUUGUUGAUCUGUGCUUUUUAGUCUGAAGAGAGAAGAUAUAUUUAACUUUCUAAGGAGCUGAAUGUAUCUGGGCUUUGACCAGUUAGAUUAUGAUUAUUGAAUUUUCUCUCAACGGUUAAGCUUGAUUAGUUAUUUUCAGGAGAUAUUAAUAUAGCAAGUACUGAACUUACUAAAGAUUAAAUGGUUCUAGAUUUCCAUGCACAAGAACUUCAUCGAUCUUUCCUGAUCUAGUGGAUCACUUCUUGAAGUUUAUUAUCGUUUGUGUGGCAAUACAUGUGGAAGGUUUGUCGCUUUGGCAAAUGGAGCUGGAAGGUAUGACCAUCACUCCAUGCAGGAAGUGUUCAUCCUUUUAUCUAAGGAAUCAUGUUUCCUUUUGGAUGUCUAAGGAUAAAGAGAUAAUAGCUAGGAAACUAGAGAGAUCCUAUGGGGACCUGCUCAGGGCAAUUAAAUACUAUGACUUCCUCUUUUUCAUGUUGCCCUUUCUAACUUUGUUAAAAGGCAUUCUGCUUAAUACUGGAUGAUUAAUGCUGCUUUCUUUUUUUUUUCCUCCUUUUUUUUCCCUUUGUGUAUAAUAAUAGCAAGAUGUUUGUUUUAUUGAGGGUUAAAACUUUACACUGGCAAAAAAAAGGCCAGUAUAAAGUUUUAACUUCAAGUAGUUUUAACUUACUUAAGUACUUUAACUACUGUUAACUUCCUUUUCUGAAAGUCAGCCCUGCUCUGUCUCCUUAUUCUCUUACCAAUUUUGUUUUUCUUCUAUCUUUAUGUCCUUUUACACUGCCAGCCACCCUCUCCAAAAUGCUGCUGCUUAGACUGUAAACUCCAUUGGCUGUUAAGUCAGUUUAGUUGCUACUUUAUCACUUUAAUUUCAGCUGUGUUCAUAGUGAAUGUAGUCUGACCUUUGGAGGCCUGCAACACCAAGAGUGUAGGAAGUACCACGUGAGCUAGGAAGAUAAGAGACUACAACAACUCUUGUGUCUCUGGCAUUGACCAGUACUGGAUGCGUAAGAAGAAAAUCCUGUUAUGUGCAUCUUAUUCCAUAGGAAUACUUCAGCUUAUUUCAGGCUGUAGAGUAAGCACUUCCAGGAAAGAGCCUGUGACCUCCUUCUACCCAGCCUGAUUUUUCUGUGUAGGCCUUCAGCUUCUGAGCCUUUGCACACGACCGGAAAUUGCUGCCAUCUCAAGCUAAUUCCACACAACUGUUCCAGCAGCUGGAAUGACUGGCAUGGGGUGAAGCGUGGAUGCAUGUCAAGAGUUUUUCCUGACAGACUUAACUGGCCAAAUGUCAUUGGUCUUUAAAGGCUUUAGUUCUACACAUACGCAGUUGUUAUUGGGCCCUGGCUUCAGUACAUUGGUACGGUACUGGAAAGAAACAAGCACUGAGAGGCAGGGCUGCAGAAAUAGGAUACCCGUGAUUGUUUUGGUGGUGCUUCCCUCGAACGGGCAGGAGAUGAACGCAGCCUGAUCAGGGAGGCUGACUGGAGAGGUGACGGGAGGCAAUGCACACGGCAGAGAAGGGAAUGAACGGGACUGCAGGAGCCCUGGAGGAUGCUGUCAUGGGAUUUCCAGGCCGGGGAUUCAGUCUGGCUCCAUUAACAUCAGUGGGAAAUGAGACAUCAUAUUGAAAAUUGAGAUGCAGGACACAGAUAGAUCCUCACAACAACUUUGUGUCAUUUGUACAAAGCCCAGAGACUCAGUAAUGCAGUAAGAUAAAUGUAGCGCUUGAUUACAAUGGAUGUAUUGCAGUUAUAAAAGGCAUCUCUCAUCAUUAGGCUUCAGCAUAUCUGGAGUAAUAACCACAAUAUGUCAGGUAAGACAAUGAUAAUGUGAGACAGAUAAUUUUCCCAUCGUUAAAACUUUCAAAAUCCAAAAAGCUACAAAUGUCUUAAUUAUUAAUUCAAUUUAGCUAGAUCUAGUGCUGGCGGCCGGAGGGAACAUCUUUCUGAAGGUCAGUCUUUCUCCUGGUCUAACUGGUAACAGUCUACGUGGCAGAGUAAAACGUUAUAGCCAUUUAAAGAAGUAAGAAUUGUCUACAGUCGUUACCCAUCUUGAAUUUCCGCGCAGCAGGGUUACACUGAACUGCAGUUCAGAUCUUCCCAUUCGUCCCAGAAAGCUUGAAGAAACAGAUUAAGUCUUACAGUUUGCCCUGAACUUAACAAGCCUCCUUCAGUGGUGAAGCUCUAUGAGACGCAAGGCCUGCCUUUGCCUCGUUGUUGUAUAGUUACCUCUCAAAAUGCUUAUUCCCUACAGAAUCAACAGAAACCUUGAAUUUCCUCCCUGACCCCCACCCUGUGUGCCUUUCAGCUGCAGACCAAGUCCUAGCCAUGAUCGCAAGAACAUCCUGAAUCAGUCUCAAUAAUUUGCGUUUCCUUGCCAAAGAUCUUAUCUGUUGGGGGUGCAAACUGCACCAUCGAGGUUGCUGGUAUUGAAAAAUCUGCACCCUUCUGCUCCCUAGUUCUACAUUUUUGGGCUAGGUUAAUUUAUCCAGAAAAAUUAAUUGAGACAACAAAGCUGUCAAGUGAGAAAGGCCACACAGCGAGACAGCGCUGCUCUGAACAUCUGCACAGCUUGUGUAUUUGAUCAGGUACCUCAGCACUUGCAGAUUACUGUUGUUAGAAGCAAAUCUUACUUUUGCCAUUUUCAUAUAAGGCUCUGUUCUGUGACUCUGCAGAGGUUCACUCUCUGUAUACCCACAUUGUUUACAAAAAUGACAAAUGCUGAUAGUAGAAAUUACAUUUGCUCGUUCAAACAUCUUGAUAUUUACAUAUAAGAAAAAUCGU